AUGUCCGCUUCCGCCUGUUCCGCCACUCUCCUCCCCGCAGCCCCCCCCCGCUGCGCCAUCCCCCAGUCCUCCGCUUCCGCGUACUCCCCCGUCCCCUCAGCAUCCAAUCGCUGCCGUUCACCUCACGCUCUUAAAAAAAUCAACCGUUCCCCCGCAUUCCACGGCAACCCAGUCCUUCGCCUCAACGCGCCUCGGUUACAUCUAAGAAAUCUCCGGAGCGACUCCCGUAUGUCAACCAACGGCAACGCUUCCGCUGUCGUUAAUAUCAACGUGUCUCUUCUCUCGCCGUCGACCUCCCGCCGCCGUGCUGCGCAGUCUCCGCCUCCACUGCUUGCGGGGCCAACCGCCGCCGUCGGCGGCGGCGGCGGCGGAAGCGGCGGCGUGUGGGCGCGCGCGGGCGCGGAGAGGCGCGGAGGGGAGAGUGCGGAAGACGCGGGGCAGGAUACCCCUUUCCUUAGCGGAAGCGGAAGGGUGCGGCCGGGGAGUGUCGCGGCAUGCGCGGGGAACGACGGGCGGGCGUACGCACCCGUUGACCAGGAGCGCGCGGACAAAGCGGAGAGCGGCGUGCUGGGCCUGCCCUAUGCGUUCAUGCGCUCGGGCUGGCUCGUGUCCCUCGUCUCUCUCGCCGCCACGGCUGCUCUCACCCACCGCGGCAUGCACCUGCUGCUCGCCGCGCGCGCCCUGCAGGAAGACUGGGAGGCGGAGAAACGACAGCAGCAGCAGCAGGCCGGGCUGCUGCUGCCGCAGCAGAAGCAGACGCAGCAGCAGAAGCUGCAGAAGCAGGGGCGGAUGCAGGAGGUAAAGGUAGUAGGAGAUGAUGGAAAGGAGGGUGUGGAGCAGCAGCGGGGAGGUGGAGGAGAGACGGAUUUGCUGCUUGUCAAAGCAAGCACGGAGCCAUCAACACCACCAGCAGCACCGUCAGUACCAGCAGCUGCAAAACCAGCAGACGAAACAGGGCAGGCUACUACCACCACCACCACCAGCAGCAGCACAGCCAUUGCCAGCAGGGUGGGGGGCAAGGUGCGGUCGUACGGGGACCUGGGUGAGCGAGUGUAUGGAGCGGUGGGGCGCGGUGCAGUGGACGCCAUGGUGCUGGUCAGUCAGGGCGGCUUCUGUGCUGUCUUCCUGGUGUUCAUGGGUCACAACGUCGCCAGUGUGCUCUGGGGCUCCACGCUGGAGUCUUCACUCGUCAUUGCCGUUAUUGCCCCCCUCCAGGUCAUGCUGUCGUGGCUGCCGUCCCUCACCCAACUCGCCCCUUUCAGCAUCUUUGCCAACUGUGUCAACCUCUGUGCCUUCUCCCUCGUAAUCUACCACGGCCUCCAUUCCUUCCAAGGCCUCAACUCUCUCUCCGCCUUCACCACCCUCCAAGACGCACCCUUUGCCUUUGGCGUCGCCACCUACGCACUCAACGGCGCAGGCAUGACUCUCUCUGUCGAAUCCUCCAUGCGUGACCGUGCACAGUUCCCCGCCGUACUCGCUACAGGCCUCUCCGUCAUCUCGGUACUAUACGCCGCCGUCGGCACGGCCGGGUAUUUUGGUUUCGGGAACGAGACGAAGGAGAUUGUGACGCUGAAUUUGCCGCCCGGGUGGCAGAGCGUGGCAGUAAAGCUCGGCGUGUGUGUCGCUCUGUUCUUCACUUUCCCAGUCAUGAUGACCCCCGUGCAUGAAAUGGCCGAGCGAUAUCUCUCCUCCUCUCGAGACAUAUACAACAGCUUCCUCUCGCCCUCCGUUGCUCCCUCCCGCCGCCGGCUAUUCGUCUGCUUUGUCCGUUCACUGACAGUGCUUUUCAUUGUGCUGCUAUCGGUGUCGGUGCCGCAUAUUGGCGCAUUCAUCUCCCUUAUAGGCUGCAGCGUUUGCUCCGCGUUAGGGUUUGUCGUUCCCGCUCUGUUUCACAUGAAGGCUGCAAGAGGGAAGUUGGAGAAUUCCGCAGUGGUGGUAGAUUGGUUCCUGGUUGGAUUCGUUGAACAACCGGCCCCGAUGGAGGAUGAGGAGGGGUGCGCGGAGAUCGGCAGAGGUGGGGUGAGAAGAGGGGAGAUGGGAGAAGCGGCGAGGGGAAAUGAGUGUGCUACCACUCCUCCUGAGGAUUCUCGAAACUGA